AUGCCGAUUGAACGGCUGAUAAUGAAAAGUCAAGAAGUUGUAGAAACAUGUUCGUUAUUCAAUGACGUUGACACGUCAUCAUUAUCCGGAACCCCUGAUGAAAAUGAUACUAAUGAAAUAAAGACAGAUUCAAAUCAUUCUAACCCUGAAGCAUCCGAUGCGAAGGAACCUGAACCGAUACAGACAGUUUCAGAAUAUAAACAAGCCGUUGAAUCGAAUCAAGAAUUUCUUCAUGAGGAAAUUCCCGACGUGUCACCGGAGUAUUACGAAAAUGAAGAAUAA